AUGGCAACUCAACUAAACUUUCGUGCCGUGGAAGAGACCGCCGGAAGUGGUGGGCCUCCCAUGGGUUCGCUGGUGGAAAUCGACGCUGGUGGAUCGGGUGCGGUGCUACUGACUGGCCUCUCCUCGACACUGGGAACGAUGGCAAACGGCGGGGAUCGGGCGAACGGGUCCGAGAUGGGCGAGGCGGGUUCGAUGUGCCCCAAGCCGGACGACACGCUGUACCCGAGCAUGAUCGGCGUUGACCUGGCCGUGCCGCAAUGGGAAGCGAUCGGGACGGCGCUCAUCCUGUCGCUCAUCAUCAUCAUCACGAUCGUCGGCAACAUCCUGGUGAUACUGAGCGUGUUCACCUACAAGCCGCUCCGGAUCGUGCAGAACUUCUUCAUCGUGUCGCUGGCGGUGGCCGACCUGACGGUGGCCAUUCUCGUGCUACCCCUGAACGUCGCCUACUCGCUGCUCGGUCGCUGGGAGUUCGGUAUUCACGUGUGCAAAAUGUGGCUCACCUCGGACGUGCUGUGCUGUACCGCGUCCAUCCUCAACCUGUGCGCCAUCGCACUCGACCGCUACUGGGCCAUCACGGACCCGAUCAACUACGCCCAGAAGCGAACGCUGGAGCGGGUGUUGGCGCUGAUCGCCGGCGUUUGGGUCCUGUCGCUCGUCAUCAGCUCGCCGCCGCUCGUCGGCUGGAACGACUGGCCGGAGGAGUUCUCGAGCAACUUUCCCUGUCAAUUAACGAGCAACCCGGGCUACGUGAUCUACUCGUCGUUCGGUUCGUUCUUCAUCCCGCUCGCCAUCAUGACGAUCGUGUACAUCGAAAUCUACAUCGCCACCCGGCGCCGGUUGCGCGAGCGAGCGCAAGCCUCCAAGAUCAACACGCUGGCGACGCGCAGCAUCGGCAUGGUGGGGGCGGGGGCGGGAGAUAAGGAACAAACCACCGUACACCAGGAGCACCAGCACGAGCCACACCGGAAGCACCAGCGACAGCACGACCAGGAGUCGAUCAGUAGCGAAACAAACAACCACAACGAACACACCACGGAACAUGGGGGCGAGGUGGUGGUGGUGGGGGAGAAGAAGGCCAGCAGGGCACCGAUGAGGCGGUUGGGGGCCUACUUCGGGCGGGCAUUGGGUGGGCGUGGGGGGGAUGGCAAAAAGAAGCACCGCAAUCACCGGAAGUCGGGCGCGACGACGAACGACGACGACGACGGCACUCACCAUCGGUUGGCGGCGCUGCAUCAUCGCGAGGACGACUCCGUGACGGACAACCCGGACAACUCGGGGUCGGGGGAGAGUGCCCGGGUCGCACAGGGGGAGCAGCAGCCCGGUGCGAUGAUGGUGGUGGUGGCGGUGGCCAGCAACUGUGAUAUUCCUGCCCCGGCCAAGAACGGGAGCACGCACGCCGGAAGUGGGCCGAUGGGGGACAAUCCCGGUGGCGCACGGGAGGUCGGCUUCGACGCGUCCACCACGGAGCUGGUGCGGGGGUCAGCAGCCACCGGCCCCGCGCGCUCCACCAGCCGCCUCAAGCAGUCGUUCCGCAAACCGGGCGGCAUCAAUCAGUUCAUCGAGGAGAAGCAGAAGAUCUCGCUGUCGAAGGAGCGACGGGCGGCGCGCACCCUCGGCAUCAUCAUGGGCGUGUUCGUCGUGUGCUGGCUGCCGUUCUUCCUCAUGUACGUCAUCCUGCCCUUCUGCCCGACCUGUUGCCCCACGAACAAGUUAACUAAUUUUAUCACUUGGCUCGGCUACAUCAACUCCGCGCUCAACCCCAUUAUUUAUACCAUAUUCAAUUUGGACUAUCGACGUGCGUUCAAGCGGCUGCUCGGUAUCAAACCAUAA